GGUUCAGUAUCAACUGCAGUUUCAAACAUCCACUGGGGGGCUUGGAAUGCAUCCCCUGCAGAUAAGGGCGAAUUACUGUUCGUAACUUACUCUUGUGUCUCCCUUCCAGAUGGAUUGUAGGAAUGCCCCAUGGAAAAUUACAAUCAAACAUCAACUUAUUUCAUCUUAUUGGGGCUGUUUCCACCAUCAAGAAUUGACCUUUUCUUCUUCAUUCUCAUUGUUUUCAUUUUCCUGAUGGCUCUAAUUGGAAACCUAUCCAUGAUUCUUCUCAUCUUCUUGGAUACCCGCCUCCACACACCCAUGUAUUUCCUACUUAGUCAGCUCUCCCUCAUUGACCUAAAUUACAUCUCCACCAUUGUUCCUAAGACGGCAUCUGAUUUUCUGCCUGGAAACAAGUCUAUCUCCUUCACUGGGUGUGGGAUUCAGAGUUUCUUCUUCUUGGCAUUAGGAGGUGCAGAAGCACUACUUUUGGCAUCUAUGGCCUAUGAUCGUUACAUUGCUAUUUGCUUUCCUCUCCACUAUCUCAUCCGCAUGAGCAAAAGAGUGUGUGUGCUGAUGAUAGCAGGGUCUUGAAUCAUAGGCUCGAUCAAUGCUUGUGCUCACACUGUAUAUGUACUCCAUAUUCCUUAUUGCCGAUCCAGGGCCAUCAAUCAUUUCUUCUGUGAUGUCCCAGCAAUGGUGACUCUGGCCUGCAUGGACACCUGGGUCUACGAGGGCACAGUGUUUUUGAGCACCACCAUCUUUCUCGUGUUUCCCUUCAUUGGUAUUUCAUGUUCCUAUGGCCGGAUUCUCCUUGCUGUCUACCACAUGAAAUCUGCAGAAGGGAGGAAGAAAGCCUAUUUGACCUGCAGCACCCACCUCACUGUAGUAACUUUCUACUAUGCACCUUUUCUCUACACUUAUCUACGUCCAAGAUCCCGGUGAUCUCCAACAGAGGACAAGGUUCUGGCUGUCUUCUACACCAUCCUCACCCCAGUGCUCAACCCCAUCAUCUAUAGCCUGAGGAACAAGGAGGUGAUGGGGGCCCUGACACGAGUGAGUCAGAGAAUCUGCUCUGUGAAAAUGUAGAAACACUUUCUGCCUAAGGUCUCAGGACUCAGAUACACAUCCAUUCAGCAGUGUAUAGUAAUUAAAAUAUUAUGUCCUUCCUAGAGUGCAGGACUAAAACUAACCAAGGGAAGAAGAAAAUCACUGAUAUAUGGACAAAAUUGUUUUACAAAUAUAUACAUAAUUCUAAGAAACCUUUUUUCUUGAUGGCCUUUUUCCAAAAAUUUUGGAGGUACAUAUUUUUGCUAAUAUGUUGUCAAUAAGAAUGUUUUUUUUGGUCAUGCAGAAAUGAAAAUGAAAAUGGCCUAACUGAAGUUGGCACUCAGCAUAACAAUUUUAUUAUUUUCAAUUUAUUUUCCAGUAAUUAAAAUUUUUUUUUGGUUAUGUCUAAAACAAAAACAAAAAUCUCCUGACUUGGUGGAUCUAACUGAAAGCCAUAAGAUGUUUUCUGUUUCUUAUCUUAGACACUUAACGUACCAGUUACUCUUUCUUUCAAUUUAGGGGGACUUAUUGUUACUGAGAUUUAGCAGAAGGCUCAUCAGUGGUUCUUAAGCCCUGAUACCACUCUGGAUGGCCUAUGACAAGUUUAUGCUUUCUGUAGUGGAAUGAAUCCCAGGGAAAUGAUUUAACAUCAGGUAAAUUUUAGAUCAACAACAAGUAUUGGAAGGUGCCAUCAGUGAUCAAGAAUGAUUACACUUAGGUCUUUAACCCAUUUUAUGUUGAUUUUGGUAUAGUGUAAGAAUUGGGAGUUUAGUUUCAUUUUUCUGCAUAUGGAUAUCCAGUUUCACAAGCACCUUAUAUUGAAGAGACUGUCAGUUUCCCAAUAAAUGUUCUUGGCAUUGUUGUCAGAUAUCAUUUAACUAUGUCAGGCACAGAAAGACAGAUUUUGCAUGUUCUCACUCCUACCUAGGACCUAAAAAUUUUAAAAAUUGAACUAAUAGAAAUAGAUAAUAGACUGGUGGUCACCAGAGGAUCGAAAGGGUAUAGGGGAGGGGGGAUAAAGUGGGGACGGUUAAUGAUUGUAAAAAUAUAGAUAGCAUGAAUAAGAGCCAGUAUGUGGUAGCACAA